UAAAACCAUCCACUCGUGUAUCGCUGAAUUACUAAAAUAUCAUCAUUUAUUCUUCGACUACAAUUGUACCACAUCGUACACAAUGCGGAACCCUGUCCUACUUCUAACGCUACUGAUAGCGGCCAGAGCAUUUCCAACAAAAGAUAUUCCAGAAUUAAACGCAUUAGAGAAAUCCGACAUCGAACGUAUAGAAAAGGACAUACGCACGAUCUCAUACAUUCAAAACUUCAAAACGAUAAUGUCUGAUUAUGUUAAAACGCAAUAUAACAAUUUAACAGUAACAGAUAUGGAAGUUGUGAAGGAAACAUUGGAGGUAUUCUUGCAUAAUUUCGCUGCAGAUCUGCACAAUGUUAUUGACAAGGGAGAGAAAGAGACUGUAGAAGAAAUAAACGAUGGUAUACCAAACUCAACGUUUGAUGAUGUAAAGAAAUGUAUUAAGAACGAACUGCCGGAUGUCAAUGAAGAGAUGGCUGAACAGGUGGUAUAUAAAUUGAGGAAGAAUCUUUUGAAAACAAGAAAUGUUAUAGAUGAUGUUAUAAGAAAAUCACAAGUGAACGAAGAAUUGAAUUCAGGUCCUUAAACGUGUGUUGAACUUUAUUUAGAUUAAGCAUGUUAAAUAAGUAUGCUUUGUAUAGUAUUUUUUUAUAUUUUCUGUAAGAUAAAGCCGUGAUUAUUAUGUUUGGAUUCAUACUCUUUUUAUGUUUGAGUGUUAGAGUUUGUGUGUUUGAGUGCAUACUUGGUGGGCUCACUACUAUUCAGCCACAUUCGUAUUAUUGGAUCAAAGAGAAUAUUUAAGCCAAUAGGAUUGUGAUACUUCUUCUCGCGAGCCCUCUGGCAUUGAGAGUGUCCAUGGGCGGCGGUAUCACUUAACAUCAGGUGAGCCUCCUGCCCGUUUGCCCCCUGUUCUAUAAAAAAAAACUAUUUAUUAUUAAGGUAAAAGCCCCAAUAGAUCAAAUACUUGUACAUGAACUAGUAUAUGAUAACUCCAUCUUUUUGUAUAUCUAUAUUCGCACUGUUUACAUAAUAUAUACGUGCUAAUUAUAAAGUAAAUAAAUAAAAAAAUGCGUUUACUGCAACAGACGGUAUGUGACCAAAUUUCCAUCUAAAG